CCAUUCCUCUAGCCGCCGCCAUAUAGUUAGCAUUUGGUCUGAAUCUCAUGUGCUAUCACCUAAGAAUGGUGUUCGAAUCUGUAAAGUGCGGCAGUUAGAUCUUGUGCUCCAUUGCGAUCGGAUUAUCCGCGAAAUUAUUUGUAGCGAUCAGUGUAAUUUUUAGAUACACAAUAUAAUGACCUAAACUGAAACUCGUUAGUAAAGUUACGGUUAAUAAAAUAAUUGAGGAGGUCGAAUCUGUGUCAGUGCGGGAAUUGAGUGAGAACGACGGACGCGUGCAUUUUUUCAAGUUUUGUAGCUAUUUGCGUUAGUAAUAAACAAAAACAGAAAGAAAUUCACUUGAAGUGUCCAGCGCAACCACCAAGGCCAAGUCGCGAAGAAAACAUUCGUCACCUUGAAAGUAUAUUGAAGAAUUCAGCGUCGAAAAUCUUCGUCCGUAACUUGUUUGUGAAGAAAGCUUUUUUACUAUCCACCCGACCAGCGGCACUUGACCAUUACGCUGCGUUUUGUGCAGCGGAUGCGGUACUAGAUACCAAGCAAAAGUACCGUCGAAUACUGGAGCACGAGUCGCAAUCUUUUAUUGCUACAAUCAAUUCUCAUAUUCGAAAUCGGAACUCACUUAAAAACUGCAAAAUAUCGCGGAGUAAUAGAAGAAAUUUAUAGAGCGGCAUAUGGAAUACUUUACCAAAAACCUUUAACCCCUUUUGUCAUGGAAAUGAAAGCAAUCUGCUAACUUUCUCCACUUUGUGAGAAUGAUUAUAUUCCUUCAAUCUAGUGUCGCCAAAUCAUGCUGUCAUGGCAAUUCCUUUUUCUUAUCUUGCAAUUUUUAAUACAACUCUCACUUAUAUCUAUUGUUGACGCCGGAUUUCUGCAGUCUGUGCUUGGGCUUCCUUCAGAAUGUGUGCAUCAAAAUGUCGUUCGACCCUGCAAGCUAUCCUUUUCGUGUUGGCUCCAAGGUGGGAAGCAUGCCCAAGGAUGUGGUGGAAGUAAAUGGCUGUUCUCUUGCUGUGUAUCCGAGAACGAGAUAAAUCAGACAGCGUUGAAGGUUGUGAAGAAAGCUCCUGCUCUACCGAAAAGGAGCAUAUUAAGACGGCGAGACGAUAAUGAAGUAUUGCAACAGCCAUUCGAAUGUGGUAUACCCAGAACGUCCCAAAAUACCCUACAAAAACGUAUUAUCGGAGGAAGACCGGCACGGUUCGGCGAGUACCCAUGGCAAGCGCAUAUUCGAAUUGCAGAGUACCAGUGCGGAGGUGUGCUGGUAUCCCGGAAUUAUGUAGCCACAGCCGCCCACUGCAUCCAACAAGCCCGGCUGCAGGACAUAAUUGUUUACCUGGGCGAGCUGGACACUCAAAAUACGGGAGCUAUUUUCGAACCCAUCCCGUCGGAGAAACAUCGCGUCCUGCAGAAAAUUAUUCAUCCCAGGUUCCAGUUCCGCGUGACCCAGCCGGAUCGAUAUGACCUGGCCUUGCUGAAGCUUGCUCGCCCGGCAGGCUACAUGAGCCACAUUCUUCCCAUAUGUCUGCCUUCCCAGCCAAUCGAUCUGGUGGGCAAGAAAGGAAUCAUUGCGGGCUGGGGAAAGAUGGAAGCGAAUAUGGGACAUUCUGGAACAAACAUUCUGCAGACGGCAUCUGUGCCAAUAAUAAGUGCAUCUGACUGUAUACAAUGGCAUGAAAGCAAACAGAUAAAUGUCGAGCUGUUCGGAGAAAUGUUUUGUGCUGGACAUUCGGAUGGACAUCAGGACGCUUGCCUAGGUGACUCAGGUGGACCGCUUAUUAUCAAAGAUCGAGGCCGCUUCACCUUAGUCGGGAUAACAAGUGCUGGUUUUGGCUGUGGGGUUGAUCAUCAGCCCGGUAUCUACCACAACGUACAGAAAACUUCGAAAUGGAUACAAGAGACAGUUCUACAAACCUAACAUGUUUUACUUCAUCAUUGAUACACUUCACAAGCUCCUUAAUCCUGUGUUAGACAAUAAAAAGAAUUUUUUUGAAAGAAAACGGUGACUGGUAGGACAACUUUUGGCAUGAAUGAAUGUAGCGCGAUACUCUCCAUUGUUAUUUUUCUAGCGUAAUUUAGUAAUAAUUGGAUAUUUAUAUGUGAAGAUAUUUAUGUAACAAAAAAUUAGAAAAAAAAAUGCAAUAAAAACUGA